AUGUGCGGGACCAGUUCGCAUGACCUCUUCCCUGAGAAGGACUCCAACACAGCUACUGGAAAGAGCCUUACUCGCAACUGGACAAUGAAGGCGGCUUUGGAGCAACAUCAACUAGUCGGGCGAGAGGGAGCAAUGUCUGAAGUCAUUAAACUAAUUCGUGAAGAGGGUGAUCGUUUACAUGUUAUCUCCGUGUGGGGAAUGGGUGGCAUGGGGAAAACCACCCUUGUUAGAAGUGUCUACGGAAGCGAAGAGCUUAGUGGCAUGUUUCAGAAGAGAGCUUGGGUUACCAUAUUGCAUCCUUUCAACCGUGAGCAGUUCUUUAGGAGCUUAGCCAUGCAAUUACACUCAGAUGAUACCGGAAAGGACGUUAGCUUGAUGGGAGAUGGCACUGAAAAAAGGUUGCAAGUGAUGGAAAUUGCGGAUUUGAUAAAAGAGACAUUCCGGCUUUUAGACAGGCUAACGUACCUCAUUGUUCUCGAUGACCUGUCGUCCAACACAGAAUGGGAUUCAAUAAUACCGCAUUUCCCUAAGGAUGAGAUGACCAGUCGGAUCAUAAUCACCACAAGGGAAGCAAGUGUUGCUAGCCGUUGUUCCAAGAAAUACAAGCUGAGAUCUCUAGGGGAUGAUGCCGCACUAGACCUCUUCAAAAAGAAGGUGUUUAGUGGUACUGAAAUGGUUGAUUUAACCGGUACCAUGAGGGAUCAGGCAGAACUUAUUCUUAAAAAGUGUGAUGGGCUUCCCCUUGCCAUUGCCACUAUAGGUGGCUUUCUAGCAACCAAACCCAAAACAAGUUUGGAAUGGAGGAAACUGAAUGAUCAUAUCAGUGUGGAGUUGGAGAACAAUCCAGAACUUGAAAUGAUAAAGACAGUCCUUAUGUCAAGUUAUGAUGGUUUACCAUAUCAUCUCAAGUCUUGCCUUCUGUAUUUCUCAAUUUUUCCGGAAGACAAAAACGUUAGACAUGGACGGCUAAUAAGGCGGUGGAUUGCUGAGGGUUACUCAAAGGAAAUGAGAACCAAAACUGCCGAGGAAGUAGCCGAGGAAUACUUUACUGAUAUUAUUAACAGGAGCAUGGUGCAACAACUGAAAACUAGAGCUCCUUACACUGGGAAAAUUACUGAUUCCUGCCAAGUUCAUGAUCUAAUGCGUGAAAUAUGUAUCUCAAAGUCAGACGAGGAGAACCUUGUUUUUGUACUGGAUGAGCAUUGCACCUUGCAACCUACAGAUAAAAUACGGCACCUUGUUGUGCGCGGUAGUUGGAGCAGAGACCAAAAGAAGAAAGUGUUGGGAAGUGUAUUGGACGUGUCCCACAUUCGAUCCCUGACUGUAUUUGGAGAGUGGAAAUCUUUUUUCAUUUCUAAGAAAAUGAGAUUGCUUCGGGUGCUUGACUUAGAAGACACCGAAAAUCUGCGGGAUCACGACCUUGCGCCAAUUGGGAAGCUUCACCACCUGAAGUACCUAUCUUUAAGAGGUUGCUUAUAUAUAUACCAUCUCCCAGAUUCAUUUGGUAAUCUGUCAGAGCUGGAGACACUGGAUAUAAGAAGUACAUUUGUGGUCACAUUGCCAGCAAGCAUCACAAAGCUCUCAAAGUUAAAAUACUUCCGUGCCGGUCUCGUACCUACAGAUGAUGUGCUUCCCAGCAGUUAUGUCAGAGAAAUUGAUCAGCCCUUGAAGGAGUUUGGCUUAGCAGCUUACAAGAGCUACGUACAGAAAAAAUCCAUUCAUGACUUGGAUGCAGUACCAUAUCUCUUCUUUCAGGCCCGUAUCUGGUUGCGAGGGUGGGAUGAGCAUGGCAUGAAAGUGCCCAGAGGGAUUGGGAGAAUGAAGGCCCUGCACACACUGGGUGUUGUCAACAUUGCACGGGCGAGGGCCAUGCCAAAGGAGCUGAAGAAGCUUACUUGGUUGCGUAAGCUUGGAGUGACUGGCAUCAACAAGAAAAACUGCAAGGAGCUCUGCUCUGCUAUCGUCAAUCAUGGCCGCUUGCUGUCCUUGUCGAUGCGCGCCGAGGGUGAGCCUGGCUUAGAAGGAUGUCUGGAUGACUUGUCCCCUCCUCCAGAUAGCCUCCAAAGCCUUAAGUUGUAUGGCUAUCUGGUCAAAUUGCCUACAUGGAUCGAACAGCUUCAGAUGCUAACCAAGUUAACUCUACGGAGUACCCAACUGGAGUAUCAUGCCAUAUUAGUACUUGCGAAGCUCCCAAAUCUUGCCAUUCUGCGUCUUUGUGAUGGUUCGUUUAGGUGGGCUGAACUCAACUUCCAUUUCUGCCCUGAGAGCUUUAAAAGUCUGACGGCAUUGGAGCUUGAAUUUCUACCUGGCCUCAACUCGGUUGAGUUUGAACAAAAUGCAAUGCCUAAUCUUGAGCUGAUACGGGUACUCCAUUGUUUUUAUGGAGGUGCCGAUGGGUUUUCCGGGAUACAAUUUCUGUCAGGUCUCAAGGAAGUUUCACUCAAGGGUCACAAGGGCGACUUCAAUGAAAAAUUCAAGAAAGACUUGCGGGAACAACUGUCCAAGAAUUCUAACAAGCCAAAUCUGAAGAUGGAGGACAUGGCGAAAUGGCUCUCGGCUGCACCUGCUCCCGCUCUUAUCUUGAACAGUAAAUUCGAAACAAACAAUUAG